AUGCAGUCACCCAAACCAUCCCGUUCAGGAAGCAAACGCAAGCCCGGUAGGCACGGUGGUAUCAACAGACCUGGGCUUGCUGUAGACACGAGUUUCACGAAGCACCAAGCAGAGGCGCCGAAGCAGGUCUUCCCGUACGAAUCGAAGACACAAGAACUCACGUUUGUGAGCAUCCCGGAUGCAAGAUUGCAGAAGAGUGGCAGGAAGUCUAGCCUACGAGCUGAGCUGGAGAACCGCCUCCCCUUCCGACCAUCUGCCAACCGAUCGCUUUCCGACACUCAACAGAGUCACCAACCAGGGCAUGCGAGGCCAACAUACGAUCGUGCCGGGGCCACAACAGACCAAAGCUGUGAUGUGCGCAACGACUCCACGUCGUCCAGACUUCUGCCUCUACAUAAGCGCAUUCGAGGUCUGAGACCAUCACCACUCGAUCUCAGCAACGACAUCUCACCGUCUGAUCGAGCCAUCACGAUCGGCAUCGCAAUCCCGUCUCAGGCAGUGUCUGAGCAUAACGAGACACCCCAAGCAACACUGCAACCACAUUGGGCCCAGCAGGUACAGACGCCAACCAUUGUCAUCACGCCUGCGAAAGAGGACUUUGACAUGGCAGAAGUCUCCGACCUGGCUCGAAGAGAUUACCGAGCUUCCAGUGUUUAUUCAAGAUAUACGAAUGGUGGUAUGAGGCGGCGCGACACUCCUCCAGUGCCGCCACUACCAUUGUUCGUCGGCAAGACGAGGAGAGGGCCUGGCCUCACUAUUGCUCCUACAGAUAGUUCUCGUAACAAGCCAAGAGAUACCGCCAUCUCUGCAGUCACCUUAUUCGAGGAAGAUGACGAACUACACAGUCCGCCAGCCUCGGCGAGGACAUUCACAAGCCAAUCACAUCUUCCAACACCAAGACGAAGUAAAGGCUGGUGGAACGUGAUCACUUCGCCUUUCUCGGCCGGCUCCAAAAGCCAUGCUGGCUUCUGGCGCUCUCCUUCGCCUCUUGACGAUGAUGAGGACCGACAAUCCAUGUUACGAAAUGCAGCGGACAUGAACACGGCCGGUCCGCACGCAGGUGUCAUCUUCACGAAUCGCGGGCUUGAUGACAAUGAGGUACGCUCUGCUCUGCCGGUAGAGACUUCCGGAUCGCGACCUAUAGUGCCGAAACGAUCGGACACUGCGCCUGGAGCGCUUGAUGGGAGUGAGGCGGCUGUUAACAUCUAUCGCGUACCAAGUCAAGGGCUAGCUGCAGCGUACUACGAUCCGACACGACAUUUUCCAAGUUUGAUCGUGGACAGUGCCACUGCUGAGGCUAUGCGCGGGUCGAUGGUCGGAUGGAGCCCGUCGCAUAGUGUUGCGCAUCCAGAUGAUAGGCGGAGUCUGAGACUUAUGGAGCCUAAGCCAGCUGGACUUGUCAAUGCUAGCAAAGAUCUGGAAAUCGUCGACGGGAGAAGCCAUCCUUUCAGCAUGCAUGGAGAUAUCACGCAGAGCCCUGAAUACACCAGCGAGACUGGAGCGACCCCGAAAGAACCUGCUCAUGCCGCCGGAGCUGAGCGUAACAUCUUCUCUACUCCAUCCGUAGAAGAGCUGCACGAGACAGGUUCUGCACGCCCAACAGCGCAACGUGGAGCCACGGAUGCGACAUUGGCGUCCCACUUCUCACCACUAUCACCAACGCCCAUACUCGAAAGCGCGCACAUGGCCACAUACAUGGGACCACAGUCCACAAACGGCGAGCUGCGUGAAGUCCAGCUCACUCCUGCUCGAAUGCCUAGUCCGCUAUCUCCUCGCCAGACAGACCGCUCGCUGGAGGGAGUGAAUUUCCCACCACAAGAUCAUGGAUAUGAUCCGACCGCAACCAAAGGCUUCAUGCGACCCAAGAUGCACGAACGAAACGAUUCCUCCAGCUCCCUCGGACUGGGCAUCACGGAUGGAGAGAAGGAGCUGUAUCCACCGCAGAGGACUUUCGUUGAGCGGCCACGCCUAGGUACGGAUCGCUUUGGCCAGCUUACUAUUACGAAAUCCGAGAAGGCAGGCCCAGUGACACCAUGGCACCGCCGCUUCUUCUGGCUUUUGGCUUCGAUUGUAGCUUUUAUGCUUCUGAUGCUUGUCAUACUGCUGGUGAUGUUGAUACCGCAGGCUCAGAAUGAUAUGGCUGUGCAAGCGAGCUGGACGAACCUUACUGGUUUCCCCAGUCUGCCUACCGGGAUCGCCACGUUCAUACAGCCCUCGCUGGCUAAGAAGGCGAGCGGGUGCGUCAACCCGGAGAGCUUGUGGAGUUGUGCUGUGCCUGCUGGUCAGCAAGUUGAGUCUGAGGUACCGAAUUUCAGGUUUGAGAUCAGGUUUAGGAAUGGUACUUUGCCGCGUAAUGAGACGCAGCUGGCAAGGCGAUCGAGUGUGAUAGCGAAUGCAGGGUCUUUAGCUCGUAGAGAUGGUUUGACGGGAUCUUUAUUCACUGCUGAUCCUGCGGCUCCGUCGAAAGGUGAUCAGUCAUUCAUGGGCCAAUACGUGGAUAACAUCACUGUGCCGUACGAGGGCGAACAGACGCCAUUCUACUUCUCACUUCUUGAUCCCGCUGCCCUGGAUCUUCUUGGAAGCAGAUUGCGAAGACGACACGAAGGCAGUCCAUAUCCGUACCCGAACCUGGUCGACUCAAACAGUACAUCGAAUGCAACCACGAAUGCAGCGAAUAGCAUACCCAAACCUGCUCUCCAAGCCAACGGCAAGCCGGCUGAGUCCGAAUUGUAUCCGUAUGCCAGCGCUCAACCACUACGCCUUUACAAUCGCGGCAAAGACAACGAGCAUUACGGCUUCUACACCUACUUCGACCGCUCCCUCCUCAUCUCGAACAUCACGAGCACUUCUUCAACCACCAACAAUGGGUUAAGUAACAGUCUGAACAGCGAUGUACCUCUCGCAAACGCCUCAGCAGUCUGCACCUGGUCGCAAACCCGUCUACACUUCCAGAUCUGGACCAAAAAGGGCACUGUAGCGUCGCUCAGCGACGUCAUUCCACUAAACGGCCUACCAGCAGCCAACGGCACAGCAAACGAUAUGACUGCUCCGGGUUCCUUCCCAUAUCCAGUCACCGUAACGAUUGAUCGGCAUGGAGGUCAAGCAAGUAAAAAAGGCGUCUACUGCUAUGGAUUGGAUGCAGAGCAGAGAGUUGUGGAGAGUGUGAAGACUUGGAUUGGUGAGGAUAGGGGAUUUGAUGGGCGCUUGGUGAAUGCUGCGAUGGUGCCAGGAAGUAAUGGGACGGGUGUACAGAAACGUGGCAGUGAUGGGGCUGGGAAGUAUGGAGGCGUCGAUGGGGGAACGGGUGGUUACGUCAGUACGAGCAUAAUGUAA